CCCUGCACACAAAAACAGCACAGUACUGUUAAAAAGGGAUUGGUAUUUAACUAGGUGUCACUGGUUUUCAUUUGUUCUUUAGAUUUUCUUGCUUAAGAAAAGAAGUAAGUUAUGUUAGUCCUUUAGCAUUUAAUAAUCAAAUGUAUACAAUUAAAGCAGAACUUCUGUAUCAAGGUUACUGUAGUAUCAUAUGAAGAGUUAAAUAAGACUAGAUUUUCAAUAUCAUGCCGUAAAAUAAUUAAGUCAGAUGUUUUUGUUUUUCUUUUUAUAGUUUUUUAAUUGUUCAUGCAUACUGCUUGUAUGUGUUUGAAAGGUUGAAAUGUGUUUGCAACUAUUAUUUCUUCGAGUUUUAGCUCUGAAUGAGAGUGAGUUUUGUUUUGAUGUACUUAGGGAAGUAUGCAUGCAAUAAACCUAAUUUUAUCCAAGACAUUCUGCCAUCCCCACAAAACUGCAAUAAAAUUCUGCUCCAGUAAAUAACUUGCUGUAUAUUUCAGCAAUAAUAACAAAGACCUUGUUACGUUAUUUUUUACCAGCUCAUUAUAAUUUGGGAAUUAAAACUUGGUUUAAAAACCUUCCUUGUUUUUAAUUGUUGGCUAAACCUUGGUGUCAAUAAAUAUUUUUGCAGCUUACAAUUACCUUACAGUAAUAGUAUUUCAUACAAACAAGAAGGCGUUUCAUUAGACCAGAAGUUGUAAUUUUUAAACUGAACUCGUUCUGGUUAGCUUCACGCGUACGCGGAUGAAUCAGGUAUAAAACUGUAAGUUUGUGUUUCCGGUGAAGGAUACUUAAUGGUCUCAGCUUUUAAAACUGUUUAAGAAAAAAAAAACCCAUCCAGCCUGUCAACAGUCAACGAUAACCGUCAAACCAGGGAGGAUAUUUCUGUGGAGCUAACAUGUCUGGAAAAAAGGAGAGUGGCGGUGGAUGGAGGAAAGUUUUAUGGGAUCCAGAGAAGAGAGAGUUUCUAGGGCGAACAGGGGACAGUUGGCUUAAAAUAUUUAUGUUCUACGUGAUUUUCUACGCAUUCCUGUUUGGGAUUUUCAUCGGGACCAUUCUGGUUUUGCUGAUGACUUUAAAUAUGUACAAACCCAAAUAUCAGGACAGAAUUGUUCCCUCAGGUCUGUCAUUCUCACCCUACGCCCACAACUUUGACAUCAUUUACAAGACGGACAACCCGUCUUCAUAUGAGGUGUACGUCAAAAACCUGAAGGAGUUUAUUGAGCAAUAUAAUGAUGAGAAACAGACUGACGACAUGAAAUAUGAGGAUUGUGGAACCACCCCGAAGUUAUACACUGAAUGCGGCGAACUCGAAAGUAAUACAGGACAGAGGAAAAGUUGCCGCUUCAGCAGAAGGGAGCUUCAAGGCUGCUCCGGGGAAAACGACACCACCUUUGGCUUUAAGGAGGGAAAGCCGUGCCUCAAGUGCAGAGUGUGCGGGGAAGGCUACAAGGAGGACGGCCUUGAUGGAGUAUUUUACGUUCACUUCACUGUGAAACAGUGACACCAGACAUGAUGAUGGCAAAAUAAUAAAAAAAAAGACAUAGAAAGAUAUUUAAGAGUUCAGAUAACGUCUCUCAACGUGUGCUUAUAUUUGAUUUUUCGUGAUUUUUGACCAGAAUUAAAAUAGGUUGUAAAAUACAGGGCGGUAGCAAUAGCAAAUACUCUUUCUACAGUUAACGAUGGCUUGGGGUGAGGGAUGAUUGGGAUGUUCAUCGAUUACUGUAAAAACUUGUAGUUUCACUACUGAUAUGUAGCGAGUUGUGUCUCUGUCGCCAUGGUGUUUCAUCCUUAUGUGGUUUAUAUAUUGAAGUGUCCAGGCUUUGUAGGGUCCUCUGUUUUAUUUUUACUUCAGGUGUGAAUCCGCGCUCCCAUGCAGGUGUUUAUUUAUGUGAGUGCAUGGAGAUUUUGUCAGUGUGUUUAGACUAACCAAAAUACUAGAUUGGUACUCUGAACCUUUAAGGUGUUAAGAUGAUUGUGUUAUAUGUUUUGUUUUUAUACAUUUUCCUUAUGCAAGUGUGUCGUAGAAGAAUGUUUGUUCACGUUUAGUUCAGCUUCACAAUUAAUAGGUUUUAGAUGGCGUUUUUCUUCAAUAACAUAUGUUCUUUCUACUGGUAUAAGUUUCAUAUCAAUAAGACAAUAGACAGGGGAUGCAGAUAU